UACAUAUUUAAUAUGCGCUUUUAAUUUUUUUAAAAUAUCGGAUUACUAGGUGUUAACCGAGGUUUUUACAGAGUUUAAUCCGAAAACAUCGAUUGAAAAUUUUAACUCUAUUAACCUAAAACUCGGAUAACCGGAUCUCGGUUAAUCGAGAGUCUACUACAUUGUGUAUAAUGUUUCCCCCGUGUAAGCAAGCGGGUAGGUGAAUUUUGUAUGCUUCAACGUUCACAAGAUCAAGCACCCCUUGCCAGUGCCAGAAAGAAUUUGAGUUUUGACCCACCUUGAGAACUAGCCGAUUUGUACUUUGUCUCCUGGCGUAGAUAGCCCUCGAUUCCUCGUUUCUUAAUUACAAUUACUUUAUAUCAAUAUACCAUCUUAAACUUCAACCUUAAUUUUUUUCAUUUGUUUCUCAUAAAACCUUUAAUUGUACCACUAAAUACAAGCCAACCACCGGUAAAUACAAUUACACAAUCCAACAAAACAAUCCAUUUCACUGGCACUCUCUUUACACCUCUACAGUUACAAAACUACAGAUGAUACGCAAUCAAUUCAAUCGUAAUGAAAUUAUCGAUGUGUCCACUAUUACACAGAUGAUUUAUAGGAUAUUUACUGCUGUUUCAAAAUUGAGAAAGAAGCAGUCACCAGGUUUUCUUCAUUAAAAAUAUCCAAACUCGAUAAUACGCACUACUUGAGUGAAUUUGUACUGCAAAGCAGCAAAAACUGAUGAAUCAAUUGCCUUUUGCAGGAAUAUUUUUAUGUGCAGUAUUAAGGGCACCUGCGAACGGCUUAUAUGCGAGUGUUCCAACUGAAAUAGAUUUUUACCCUUUUGCCGUAUCCGUAACAGAUUACACCCAUAAAGACCACGAAUGCGGUGGAGCUAUAAUAAGCGAUUUUCACGUCUUGAGCAGCUGUCAAUGUUUUUCGGCAGAAGAGAACAUACAAAUCCGUAAAAGGGUCCAAGAAUAUUUGAUCUGCGCACUUUGCAAGGACCGUUACCAGAACGCGGUCAACUUCCCUAUACUGGACAUCAUGUUACACCCGGAGUGCAGAGCACGCGAGACCAUUUACGACUACAACCUGGCAGUUGUCAGAGUGAAGGAUAGUUUCAAUAUAUUGAAAAAUGUCGCCCCGAUCAACCUGCCCAAGAAGAACACGGUGGACGACCUGCAGACUUACAUCACAUUAAACAUGACGUUCAGCGUCGUCGGCUACGGGCAGAACAGUGCAAAGGCCGAUUCUAAUACGACUCUAACGGAGGCAGCCGUGACACUCAGCUCUUGGGAAGACUGCCACCAAUUCUUCAACCUCCAUAACUUGGAUUCAAGCGCUAAAGACAAACUAUGUUUUAAUGUUUUGGCGACCAACGUCUCUGCCUGCAAGAACGAUGACGGUGAUCCGGUCUUCAUACAAUCCUAUUUGUGGGGCAUCAUUUCCACCUCGAGCUACAUUCAUAAAUGCACUAAAAAUCAGCUUACCAUCGUAGCUCGGAUCGACACGUCAAUCGAAUGGGUUGAACGGUGCAUGAACGAUGGAUCAUCAACAAUCACUCACAUACUAGUCAUGUACGCAUCAAUACUACUAUCUCUUAAUUUUUUAAGAAUAAACUUAUAAACAAUGAAUAAUGAUCGAUUCUAAACUGA